UAUAUUGAAUACAUGUCACAUUGUUAGGAAAUUCCUGAAUACAGACACACACACUGACACAUUUAUGUAAUUUUAGUUUUGUUUUGAUUGCUAUGGGUGUAUUCAAAAUCUCAGCGCGCUGCCAGCGCCUCUCAGCACCUCAGUUCAAAAUCUCAGCCAAACUGCAAACAUCUUUUUCAGUGCUCGAUACGUCAGCAAACAAGAUGGCAGCAACCAUGAAGUUAGUAAGGGCUUUGAUUAACGUCGAUAAUUUCAAAUUCAAUUUACUCAUUGAUGAAUUCACACUGGAUAAGUUAAGAUCAGAUGCAAAGUACAUGCAAAAAUAUUUGAAUGAUUUGAAGCAUGAGGAAAUUAGUAUACCAUCAAAUUUAAAUAUCAGUACACUGAAAAUUGUUCGAAUUUUUCGAGUCAUAGAAGAGAAUGAACUCGCAGGAGGAGUCCAAUUCAAUUUUGAAGAGGUCGAAAAAAGUGAUCAGCCUGAAAUAAACAAAAAUGAGCAGAAAAAGAAACAAAAGGGUAUAGUUAUUUAA